CUUCCGGUUGACGAGGACACGUCACUUUUUCGACCGAGGAAGAGGACCUGUGUUCAUUCACCCCCCGUUUGUACAAAUUAGACGAUAAAACACAAACCAUGUCGAACUCGGUCAUCUCCGUCAUCUGUCGGUUUCUCGAGGAGUACGCCAGCACGACGCCCAACAAGCUGAAGGUGGUGGAUUCGUAUCUGUUAUACAUCUUGUUGACGGGAGCGCUGCAGUUCCUCUACUGUCUGCUCGUCGGCACCUACCCCUUCAACAGCUUUCUGUCGGGCUUCAUCUCGUGUGUGGGCGCUUUCAUCCUCGGAGUGUGUCUUCGGAUCCAGAUCAACCCACAUAACAAAGGAGACUUCCUGUCCAUCUCCCCGGAGAGAGCCUUCGCUGACUUCCUAUUCGCUCACACCGUCCUUCAUCUGGUCGUGAUGAACUUCAUCGGUUGAAACGGCCGUGCGUCUGACUCGCGGUGUCCUCCUUCUCAGAUCACAACAAGAGAAAAUAUCCAAACUUCCCUUCAGGACACGACGUUAAAUCUACUUUUGAGUCUCAUCCCACCCAUCAACACUGAAUUAGUUUCAUCUUGUCACUCACACAUGCAGUACAAUUUUCUUACAAAUAUGGAUUGAUUUCUUAAAUUCUUCUUUUUUUUUCUUUUUUCUUUUUUAAACAUACAAAUUUGUAAAGCAUUCCCUUUUGCACUGAGAAGAAGAAAUAAAAACAACUUCAAUGGUGA